AAUCAGAAGCUUCUGCUCCUCCGACGGAUUAGGAACGCCACCAUGCUGCGUGCUUGCAUCGUCCUCGCCUUGGCCGCCAGCGCCUUCGCUGGUCACGUUGGUCACGCUGUCGGUGGCUACACCCUCGCCAGCAACCUCGGCUACGGCCUUGGCUACGGAAGCCUCGGCUAUUCCGGUCUCGGCUACGGCGGCCUUGGUCUCUCCCAUUACGGCCUGUCCCACGGAGUUGGCUACUCCGGCCUGACCGGCUACGGUGCUGGCUUUGGAUACGGAUACGCCCCAGCCGCUAGCUACGCCGUCGCUGCUCCAGCUGUUGCCCACUCUGUCUCCACCUACCACGCUGCUCCAGCUGUGACUGCUGUCCACGCCGCUCCAGCCGUGACUGCUGUCCACGCCGCCCCAGCCGUCGCCACCUACGCUGCCGCCCCAGCCGUCACUCGCGUCGCCACCUACACUGCCCCAGCUGUCACCAGGGUGGUGCAGUCCGCUCCAGCUGUCACCUACGCUGCCGCCCCAGCUGUCACCAGGGUGGUCCAGUCCGCUCCAGCUGUCACCUACGCUGCUGCCCCCGCUGUCACCCGGGUGGUCCAGUCCGCUCCAGCUGUCACCUACGCUGCUGCCCCAGCUGUCACCAGGGUUGUCCAGUCCACUCCAGUUGUCCAGACCUAUGCUGCCCCCGCAGUGACCAAGGUUGUCCAGUCCGCUCCUCUUGUCCAGACCUACGCUGCCCCAGCUGUCCACGCCGUCCACGCUGCCCCAGCUGUUGCCACCGUCGCCCACGCUGCCCCAGCCGUCGCUACCUACAGCGUUGCCCACGCUGCCCCAGCCGUCGCCACCUACGGUGUUGCCCACGCUGUCCCAGCUGUUGCCAGCUACGGUGUUGCUCACGCCGCCCCAGCCUACUACGGCUACGGCGUUGGCUCCCUCGGCUAUGGUGCCGGCAGCUACGGUUACGGCCACGGUCUCCUCGGCUACGGCCUGAACUACGGCUACGGACUUGGCUCUCCUCUGAGCUACGGCAACCUCCUCCGCAAGAAGAAGUAAAUCCCCUUUCUCUUGGAACUUGGACCGCAUACAAACUACACAGCCAUGGACAACCAGAUUUUGUUGUUUCAAUGAUGUAUAAUCAUUGUUAUCGCAGAAUAAACUGUUUGUCUGAAGUUUUGCACUUUUUACUGAUGUACCUCAAACGAAGAUAUCAUGUUGUCGUUAAAAAAUUACGCAG